GAGCCCCAGCUCAGAGUGCUCAAACCCUGGAGACCCCCAAACACCACUCACCAACAAGCUCUGCCAUGGCAGCCCAAAAUGGAAAUGCUAGUUUUGCCACCAACUUCAAUCCACCCCAAGACCACGCCUCCUCCCUCUCCUUCAACUUCAGUUAUGGCGAUUACGAGCUCCCUCUGGAUGAGGAUGAGGAUAUGACCAAGACUCAGACCUUCUUCUCAGCCAAGAUCGUAAUUGGAGUGGCACUGGUGGGCAUUAUGCUGAUUUGUGGCAUUGGCAACUUCAUCUUUAUUGUUGCUCUUGCCCGCUACAAGAAGCUGCGCAACCUCACCAACCUGCUCAUCGCUAACCUGGCCAUCUCUGACUUCCUGGUGGCCAUCGUCUGCUGCCCCUUCGAGAUGGACUACUACGUGGUGCGCCAGCUCUCCUGGGAGCAUGGCCACGUGCUCUGUGCCUCUGUCAACUACCUGCGUACCGUCUCACUCUAUGUCUCCACCAAUGCCCUGCUGGCCAUCGCCAUUGACAGAUACCUUGCAAUCGUUCACCCCUUAAAACCACGGAUGAAUUAUCAAACAGCCUCCCUCCUGAUCGCUUUGGUCUGGAUGGUGUCCAUUCUCAUCGCCAUCCCAUCAGCCUACUUCGCGACAGAAACUGUCCUCUUUACCGUCAAAAGCCAGGAAAAGAUCUUCUGCGGACAGAUCUGGCCAGUGGACCAGCAGCUCUACUAUAAAUCCUACUUCCUCUUCAUCUUCGGCAUCGAGUUCCUGGGCCCCGUGGUCACCAUGACCCUGUGCUAUGCCAGGAUCUCCCGCGAACUCUGGUUCAAGGCGGUGCCUGGGUUCCAGACGGAGCAGAUCCGGAAGCGACUGCGGCGACGCCGGAAGACGGUCCUGGUGCUCAUGUGCAUCCUCUUGGCCUAUGUGCUGUGCUGGGCGCCCUUCUACGGCUUCGCCAUCGUCCGUGACUUCUUUCCCACCGUGUUCGUGAAGGAGAAGCACUACCUCACAGCCUUCUACGUGGUUGAGUGCAUCGCCAUGAGCAACAGCAUGAUCAACACCGUGUGCUUCGUGACGGUCAAGAACAACACCGCCAACUGCUUCAAGAAGAUGCUGCUGCUCCACUGGCGGCCCUCCCACCGCGGGAGCAAGUCCAGCAUGGACCAUGACCUCAAAACCAGCAGUCUGCCAGCCACAGAAGAAGUGGAUUGUAUCAGACUGAAGUGAUGACGGAAGAUCCAGAAGCCAGUACUUGGAGCGUAGUUCAGCAAUGAUCAAGUUCACAGGCUUCAUGGGGAAAGGGCAACUGUGUUCGCACUUCACUGCUCUCGAGGAGCUAGAUGCUUCUGGAGUCCUUAACAUACAGUGAACCCAGACACAAACCACAGCAGGUGGCAUUUACUUAUAUCU